GGGGUGACCGAGGAGGGGCAGGACCCCCCCUCCUUACCGCAGGGCCGCCGCUUUGCCCGGGGCCCGCUGCGGGGCUGCCCGGGCCCCGCCGGCCUCUCCCGGCCCGGGGGCGCUGUGCUGGGCCCGGGAGCCCGGCAGCCGAGCGGGGUCCGCCCCUUCCUUCCUCCCUUCCUUCGCCGAGAGCCGCGCUCCGCCAUGCCGAAACACGAGUUCUUUGUGGACAUGACCUGCGAAGGCUGCUCCAAUGCUGUCACCCGUGUCCUGCACAGGCUGGGAGGUGUCCAGUUUGAUAUUGACCUGCCCAACAAGAAGGUGUGCAUUGACUCGGAGCACAAUGUUGACACCCUCCUGGAAACCCUAAAGAAGACUGGGAAGAAUGCUUCCUACCUUGGGGAGAAGUCUGCACAGUAGCCUCGCCUGGUGUGAGGAGGCUAGGAACUCAAAACAUGACUUCAGCAAAAAGAUGGCUUAACUGUUUGCAUGUCUCCCAACCUGCUCUGUCGUUUGACCUUUACUACCCUGCCAGAUGUUGGAAAGCAGAGGGCUGGCAGGAGGAGACAGCUGCAUCUUGGGCUUUACAAGUGGAAAAAUCUAGAGAUGUGCUGUUUUCUAGUAAAUUAAGGUGCUGCUUCUAUCUUUCAGUGCA